AUGAUCAAUGUUAUCCUGCUGACUGUGUCCCUGGUGUUCGGAAUUUAUUACUAUCGCAGCGACAUUGUUAUACUGACGAAAAGCAUUUCGGAGCUGACUGCCCUUCUGGAGGUGAUCCUGGACCUGUUGUUCUGCAAAAUGAACCACAGGCGACUGCAGGGUCUGAUCGGGAGAAUCAGGAUGUACCUACAGGUAGCCGACGAGCAGGAGAAUAAAAUCAUACAGAGUUACGUGGAUCGUUACAAGAAAUUGUUUUCGGUGAUCGCGAUCGCGUACAUUUCGACUGGAAUAUCGUUUAGCCUGGCUCCGUUAUUCUCUGGGCAAAAACUUCCGGCAGAUGGUUGGAUCCCGUUCUCCGUCGAAUUCGUUGGAAUAUACUGGGUCGUUUAUCUGGUGCAAGUCUAUUGCAUCUUGCAGACGGCGCUCUGCAUCGGUGUGGACUUCAUGAUCACCACACUUUUCUGUUUCACCGCCGCGAGGCUAGACAUACUAGGCUCGAAGAUGAAGCGAGUGAACCGCUACGACCUGCUGGUAAGCUGUGUCAAAGAACAUCAAGAAAUACUAGGGUAA